AUGUCCGAUAUCAAGAACCCCGAGUCGGAGAAGAACGACCUUCACCACAUCGACAAGCACCUCGAGUCUGGAAGCGAGAAUGAGCUCCAGGCCGUCAUUGCCCAGUCCAACAUCCCGCGCUGGAGCGCGAGCUCCAUCAAGCUCUAUCUCGGCGUGUUCUGCGCCUGUUGCUGCGCCUUUGCGAAUGGCUACGAUGGCUCACUCAUGACUGCCAUCCUCGCGAUGCCUGCAUUCAACAAGCAGUUCGGCUCGUACAAGGGUGGCGUGUUUGAGGAGAUCCAGGACAACGGCACGCUCACUGGCAUCAUCUUCUCCCUCUACACUGUCGGUUCGAUGGUGGGCUCGCCUUUCGCAGCCACCAUUUCGGACCGCUUUGGCCGCCGCAAGGCCAUGUUCAUCGGCGCCUGGAUUAUUAUCAUCGGCAUGAUCCUCACCUCCACCUCGCACCAUGUUGAGCAGUUCAUCGUCGGUCGCUUUGUCCUCGGCUUUGGUAUUUCGAUCAUGACUGUCGCGGCGCCCGCGUACUCGAUGGAGAUUGCCCCACCCCAGUGGCGUGGUCGCGCGACCGGCAUCUACAACUGUGGCUGGUUUGGUGGCUCGGUUCCCGCCUCGGCCAUCACUUUUGGCACAUCGUUUAUCAACGGCCAGAUGUCGUGGCGCCUCCCCCUCAUUCUCCAGGCCGUUGCUUGCUUCCUCGUCAUGGCCAUCCUGCCAUUUGUCCCCGAAUCGCCACGCUACCUCGUGGCGCAGGGCCGCGUCGAGGAGGCCCACGACUUCCUGACAAAGUACCACGGCAACGGCAACCCCGACGACGCGCUCGUCUCGUUUGAGCUUCGUGAGAUGAAGGCCUCGAUUGCCCUCGACGGGAUCGACAAGGUGUGGUGGGACUACCGUCCGCUCUUCUUCUCGCACGGUGGCCGCUGGCGCAUGGCCCAGGUUCUCAUGAUCUCCGUCUUUGGCCAGUUCUCCGGUAACGGUCUGGCGUACUUUAACACCAUCAUUUUCAAGAACCUCGGUGUCGACACGGUCGCCGGCCAGCUCGGCUACAACCUCCUUAACCAGUGCAUCUCUGCCAUUUGUGCCCUAACCGCUGCCACACUCACCGACCGCAUGCCCCGCCGCUUCAUCCUUCCUUGGGGUACCCUCGGCUGUGCCGUCCUCCUUGGCAUCAACUCGGCUCUCUCGGCCGUCCUCGAUAAGCAGGUCAACAAGGCCGGCUUUGAAGGUGCCGGGCCCAUCUCAACGUCAGUCGCCCAAGGCGCUCUCGCCGCCUACUUCCUCUUCAACUGUCUGUUCUCGUUCACCUACACCCCGCUCCAGGGUGUCGUCCCCGUUGAGGCUCUGACCACCACCAUGCGUGCCAAGGGUCUUGCCGCCUCGGGCUUUAUCGUCUCCGCCGUCGGCUUCAUCAACCAGUUUGCUGGCCCCAUUGGCCUCCAGAACCUCGGAUACAAGUACAUCUUCGUCUUUGUUGCCUGGGACUGCGUCGAGGCGGCCUGUUGGUUCUUCUUCGGCGUCGAGUCGCAGGGCCGCACCCUCGAGGAACUCGACUGGGUCUACGAGCAGCCCAACCCCGUCAAGGCGUCCAAGCGCGUCAAGAACAUUGUCGUCGACGAGGACGGCUUCCAGGCGACCCACAAUUAG